AUGUGGAUGCUGCCGCACUCUUCUGUGUACAUCAUGGGUUUUUCCUUCCUCCACGAAGUGCUGAGUUUCACGAAGUUCAAGAUCUACUGCUCUGAGGAUGGCUCUGCGUGGCACGAGGUAUUUUCCUCCAAUCGACAAAUUCCGAAGGGCGAGGUCGUCGUAUGCAAGAGGCUACCUCAUAUGGUGAGGUGGUUCAAAGUCUCUGUUUCGGAAGGUUGCUGGAGUAAUACUUUCAACAUCCACGGGAUCGUGACUGGCCUGAAGCCGACUAGACGCACAUGA